GUACCGUUACACCCCUAAUUGAUUGAUAUGAUUGCGAUUUCAAUCAGCAUAUACUUCUAUCAGGGGAUGCCACCCCUCAAAAUAUCCUGCCACCCUCUUGCCACCCCAUGAAUAUUUGUCUAGAUCCGCCCCUGCAUACUGGGAACAAAUCCUCAGAAGCAUAUCCGAGUGGUUGGUUUGAGAUCAGGGUUAAAUCCGUGUGGCUAUCCUACCCCUCUUCCUUUCCCUCUGUUUCUAGCAUAGCGCGUGACACACACGACAUUGUAGGCUAUGGAGGAAUACAAAUUACUUGCUGAAAUACAUGAAUAUUUAAAUUCACUAAUUCAUUGAAGAUUGAUUUAGUGAUUGUUUUAUUGAAAUAGAUGUUUGAAUUAAUUUGUUCAUUUUAAUAAUUGAAGUAUAAUUUACUCAUGUAAUUUGUUUAGGUUUUAUUCAUGUACGUAUUUGUUCCUGAUUGAGUGAUUUUUCGCCCUUUUGAAUAAAUGUUAACUUUAUUUUAGGAAGUGUUUCUCAUCAGAUAUUUUAAGAAAUAAAAAACUAAUGCAACAUUUGCAAAGUUUAUGGCGUUAACCAAUAUAUUUGUUAUUAUUAAUGUAUCCAGUGCAUUCAUUGUAAAAAAAAUAAUGUGUGUGUGUUUAUUUAUUUUAGGAUUUAUUCAUGUUAGUAUUGAUUUAAUCAUUCUUGAAAUGUGUUGUACAAAAAGAUAAUUGCUCUUUUGUUAAAUAGGUGUUUGUGUUACACAGGAUAACAAAUUAAAUGUAAAAUGUCGACAUGCGUCCAUGACUGUAACCUCUCUGUCGCUAAUGUUGAAUAAGUGAAACAGUGAAAUGACCGAAGACACUUGGGCUGUUUGUUGGAGCUUCAGUAUAUCAGCCGGAGACACUACGUACUCCAACCACUAGAUGGAGGCUAAUUUACAGUGUGGUCUGAUCAUCUCAAGUCAAACAGAGAGGAGGGCGAGAGCAGAGAGCACCAGAGAGAGCAGAGUCUGAGAGAGAUCACUGAUCAUGGGGAUGCUCAGGACAUCAGUGGCCAUUCUUCUUCACGUGGCUGCUUCUUUGGCGGCCCCGGUGCCGUGUGAAGAGAAGGUGGUUCAUCUGGAAGAACAAAUCCAAGGUCUGAAGACCCUGAUCAGCGACCAGCAUGGCUACAUCCAGGCACUCCACAACAGCCAGGCCGGGCAGCUGGAGCUCAUACCCAGCUCCCAACUGGGCCCGGAGAACCUCUUUAAAGACUGCUCCGAGGUGUUUGCAGAGGGUAACAUGGCCAGCGGGCUGUAUGUGAUCCGUCCACACGGCUCCCCCUCCUCACUCAGCGUCUACUGCGACAUGAACAACGGGGGAGGGUGGACCGUCUUCCAGAGGAGGAGAGACGGCGAGGAGAGCUUUGACAGAGCGUGGGUGGAGUACAAGCACGGGUUUGGUGACCUCUACUCCCCUGAUGGAGAAUUCUGGCUGGGGAAUGCAGCUCUACACAAUCUCACCUCCACAGGAAACCACGACCUGCGGAUCGACAUGCAGGACUUUGAUGGUAACCAGCGCUAUGCAGAGUAUAAGAACUUCAAAGUUGAUGACGAAAAGGACCAGUACCAGUUACAUGUGGGAGAGUACACUGGGAACGCUGGGGACGCCCUGGCUCAUGUCCACAGCCCCCCCUCUGCCGGGAAGAAACGGACUGGUCCAUUUCUUACAAAAGAACUCCCUGGGUCAAACGGGAUCAACUUCAGCACCUAUGACCAGAUUAAUAAUGGAGACACGGAGAACCACACCAGUUGCAUCAGACACAGCAGGUCCGGCUGGUGGUUCAGCAGGUGUGACUCAGGAAACCUGAACGGUCACUACAGAGGGCCGGACCAAGCCAUGGCUGAUGACGGGGUGGUUUGGUACACGUGGCACGGCUGGUGGUACUCUAUCAAAUCUGUGGUCAUGAUGGUACGAGCCGCUGACCUCGAGCCUCCGCCACAGGUCAUUACCCCGUUACCAGGACGACAGACCAGCAGCUAAGCAAAGGGCGACAUCAUUGAAGAUCGUCAUGGCCGACUUCAACACUGAAAGCAAGAGAGGAGGUCUCCUACUGCAGCCCAACAGCUUCCUGAAAUCCCUCACAUCAAACAUCAUUCUAUGUAAUCUCUUUCAAGUCUUUCAUCUAAUGUUUGACUUGCAUGUCAAUUCUGCAAUUAUUUCAAUAUCCAAAUAAAACAAUGGUGCUUUUAUCUCA